AUGAAUUUAAUACAAAAAUUUAUUUUAUUUUUAUUUAUUUUUAAUUUAAAAAUUAAUUGCUUUAAUAAAUUUUUUAAAACAAAAAAUUUAAAUAAAAUAAAUAAUCUUCCCGGUUUAGAAUCUGAAAUUAAUUUUAAUCAUUAUUCUGGUUAUUUACAAGUCUCAAAUUAUCAUUUUUUACAUUACUGGUUUGUUGAAUCACAAAAUGACCCAGAAAAUGAUCCAAUUAUUUUUUGGUUUAAUGGAGGUCCAGGCUGUUCCUCUAUGGACGGAUUACUUAAAGAAAUGGGCCCCUAUUUAGUUAAUCCAGAUGGGCGUUCUUUAAGGUUAAAUAAAUAUUCUUGGAAUAAAAAUGCUUCUGUUGUUUAUAUUGAAUCUCCAGUAGGUGUUGGGUAUUCUUAUUCUGAAGCUUGGUCUUUAAUUGAAAUUGAUGAUGAACAAACAGCCAAAGAGAAUUAUGAAGCAGUUAAACAAUUCUUUGAAUUAUACCCUUCAUUUCGAAAUAAUUAUCUAUUUAUAAGCGGUGAGUCUUAUGCUGGUGUCUAUGUUCCUUCACUUUGUGCUUUAAUUGUUGAUGGACAAAAAGAAUAUCCACUUAAAUUAACUGGAAUGAUGAUUGGAAAUGGGUAUAUGAAUGCUAGAUUAGAUAUAGAUACAACUAUUAAAUUUGCAUAUGCACACGGUUUAGUUGAUGAAAAAUUAUGGCAAUUAAUGAGAGAAGAAUGCUGUAAUGGAUGUUUUGAUGGAUGUGAUUUAAGUAUGAUGUCAAAUUAUUUUUGUCAAAAUAAGGUCGAAGAAAUUUUUGAAUUUGUUUGGCUAGGUGGAUUGAAUCCAUAUGAUUUAUAUAGAGAUUGUGAUUCAUUCUCUCCUUUAAAUUCACCAAAAAUGCAUGCAAUUAGACGUGGUUUACUUCCGACAAAAAUAAAUGAGAGAAUUGUAGCGAAAAGUAUUUUGAACCGUAAUACUCGAAGUGCUCGAUUUAUUAAUGAUGAUUUAAAUAAUGUAACAGAAGUCAGUUCUAAUGUUGCUACAGAUCCAGGAAUUCCUUGUUUAGAUGUUCGGCAAGCACUUAACAUUCCUUCACAUUUGGGUAAUUGGUCAAUAUGCAAUGAGGAUGUUAGCAAUAAUUAUAAUCAAAUAUAUUCCGAUAUGUCCCCAUUUGUUAAAAAAGUAUUGGGAGCUAAAGUUAAAACACUUUUGUAUUAUGGAGAUACAGAUAUGGCUUGUAAUUUCCUUUUGGGCCAACAAUUUGCCUCACAACUUGGAUAUAGGGUAAUAAUGGACGCAAAACCGUGGAGAGUUGAUGGACAGAUUGCCGGAUUUAAAACAAAAUAUACAAAUGGAUUAACCUUUAUUACAAUUCGAGGCGCUGGACAUAUGGUACCGGAAUGGAGAGCCCCUCAAAUAUUUUACGCGAUACAAAAUUUUUUAAAUUAUGGGGAAGUUUAA